AUGACAGCUGCUCACUAUCUCACUGUAUCCAAAUUAGAAUUAGAAAGUGUUACUCUCGAUAUUAUUGAACAUGGUGAGCAUCAUGCAUCCGAUAAUAUCCGCGAUUGGUGGUUUAACGAUGUUCUUAAUGCAUGUGGUAUUAUAAAAGAUCAAAUUUGUUCAGUUGUAACUGACAGUGGCAACUUUGUCGUUCAAAAUGCUUUAGACAACAACCAAAAUAUUGCCAGCAUAAUUAUUAAGAUAAAAAGUUUAGUAAAAUGUUUUAAGCAGCCCAAGCAGUCUGAGUCUGCCAUGGAUGAACUACAUAAAAUAUGCGAGUAUAAAUUAAAACAAUCCGUUCCAACGAGAAGGAAUUCCGUAUAUUUUAUGUUGAAUAGAUUCAUUAUUUGUUCGGAGAAUAUUGCAUCUGCCAUAGUUAAAGUUCCUAAAGGUUCACCCAUGUCAUCUGGUUCUGAGUUAUUCGCAGGAAAAGAAAUUAUAAGUUUACUUAAACCUUUUGAUGCUGCGACUAAGGAAUUAUACGGCCAAGAAUAUGUAACAGAUUUUAAGUCCAGCUUAACUCAAAAUUUAAUAGCCUGGUUUGGUAAAGUUGAAUAUUUAGAAAUUCUUUCUAUAGCCACUAUUCUUGAUCCCCGUUUCAAGACCCUCUAUUUUAAUGGCCCAAUAGAUUGUUACAGAGCUAUUGAUACUAUUCAAAAAAACAAUUUUAGAUCUUAG